AUGCUUCUUCUUCUUUUUUUCUUCUCUUUCUUCGUAAUACUUUUUCAAAUGCACUUCUUUUUUCUUCUCUUUCUUCGUAAUACUUUUUCAAAUGCACUUCUUUUUUUUCUCUUUCUUCGUAAUACUUUUUCAAAUGCACUUCUUCUUCUUCUUUUAUCUUCUCUUUCUUCACACUUGCUCUUUCUUAUCCUUAUUCCUUUUCUUCUCUUUCUUCUUCUUCUUCUUCUUCUUCUUCUUCUUCUUCUUCUUCAAAUUCAAAUUCAAAUUCAAUUUCAAAUUCUUCUUCCCAUACACUUUCUUUUACUUCGUGCUUCUUAUUAUUUUUGUUCAUUUUUUUUUACUUCUUCUUCAUGUUAUUCUUCAUUAACUUCGAAUACAUUCUUCUUUAGGAUUCAUUUAUCUUCCUCCUCGUUGUCCUCCUUCUCCUCUUUCUUCUUCUUCUUCUUCUUCUUCAAAUUCAUCUUUAAAUAUAUUUCUACUUUUUUCUUCUUUUCCUUCCUCUUCUUCUUCCUCUUCCAAUUCAUCUUUAAAUACAUAUAUAUCUACUCUUUUCUUCUUCUUUUCCUUCUCCCUCUUCUUCUUCAAAUUCAGCUUUAA